GACCUGCAAUUGGUCGAUCUCUUACAUAAUGCAUCUUUAGGCAAAGCCAACAUUUAGCAGGUAUAAUUAUACAUGGGGGUAUUUUACUUCAGGUAGGAAAAUUACUCGACACCGUUUGUUUGUUAUCUUAUCAGGUGGAAGAACAACUGUAAAUAUGAAGCCAAUAUCAGAGAUGGUUGGGUUACACGUUUUUGAAGCCGUUUUUAUUGUGUCAGCCAUUCUGCUGUUGUUGUCUGCUCUACAAAGGAACUUUGUGACGUCAUUGGCUCUCUUCUCCAUAGUUUAUUUCGCCUACACUGUAAUUCGUAAAAAGGCGGCAAAGUUUUUGAAGACGGAGGGAAAAUAUGUUUUAAUAACUGGAUGUGAUUCAGGUUUUGGUCAUGGUUUAGCUAAAUACUUGGAUGAUUUAGGAUUUAAUGUUUUUGCUACCUGUUUACAUGAAAAUGGAACAGGUGCCAAUGAACUUAAAAACAUCAACUCUGAUCGACUCCAUGUUUUACAAAUGGAUGUCGGUAAAGAUGAAAGUGUUACUGGGUGUUUACAGAAGGUGGAGCAAAUGUGUGGAAACACCGGUUUAUGGGGUAUUGUUAAUAAUGCUGGUAUUAAUUUUGUUGGUGAUAUUGAGUUUUGUACGAUGAAACAGUAUUUAGAUAUUGGUAAUGUCAAUAUGUAUGGUAUGGUCAGAGUAACUAAAGCCUUCUUACCACUUGUACGACAGACUAAAGGUCGUAUAGUAAAUGUUACCAGUUGUAAAGGUCGUAUUGCACUACCAUACGACUCAGCUUACGGUAUUACCAAAUACGGUGGAGAAGCGUUCUCGGAUAUUUUACGUCUGGAAAUGAAACGAUUUGGAAUAAAAACCUCGAUUAUCCAGCCUGGUAAUUACGGGGGUAUAACAGGUUGUCUCAACGAAGAAGGGCAAGCUAGAAUAAAGAAUGAUUUAGAUGUCAUGUGGAAUAAUGCCAGUGAAGAAAUACGGGAAGUGUACGGCAGAGAAUAUCAUGAUUCUUUCUGUAGAGCUAUAGAAUCUGGUGCUCGAACAACCAGUCCUACUAUACAACCAGUACUAGAAGCAUUUAAAGAUGCGCUAUUAAAUGUCGAACCUGAGACUAGAUAUCUUAUACCUGGUGGUAACCAAUGGUUUGAUGUUUUCUGUAUGUUUGCCAUAUUGAAUGGUCUCUUACCAACCUGUAUUAUGGAUAAAUUAAUGGACCGGCAGUUUCUGCAGCGUCGACCGUUACCUAGGCAACUACAGACCAAGAGUAAAACAGAUUAACUGGCUUUCCGGCAAGAUAAUUCGCCAUCUUCGAAUUUCAUUCCAUAUGAUAAAAAUACUCUUCCCCAAACCCCCCAUUUUAAAUUUCUUUUUGUCCACUACUGUACAUGAAACCAUGACCUUGGUGCCACUGGAUGGUCAAGACUACACCGUCGUUCACAUCGAGCUCAUACGAACACUGUGCACAUUCAAUAUGGACGUGUAUUGUCGUGUCCUACGUACGUCCAUUUCGGUCAAUCACAAACAGUUAUGUAAAGAUCUUGAUAUUACAUGGUGGAUUUGGUACAUUUUUGAUUGGUGUAGGGUCUUAAACCUCUUUAACGAUGGUGCUUGGUCCUCUCUUGUUCAAUAACUGGUUAGACCGAGUCUAGAUUUUUCUAUGGCCAUAUGCGUUUUUCAGUUGUCCGAUGUAUUUAUUGUAUUAUUGUGUUUUUGAUGUGUGACGGUGGAGUGAAUGUUUGACGUAGGGCAUCAUUUUAGGGGUGGGGGUAAAAUAAGGCUUUAUUUCUACUACAGUUUUAUGUAAAAUUAUUGUGUUGUAAUAUAAAUAUUAUUAUAUUCUUGUUUUUCGUUACUAUUUAUCAUUCUUAU